CAGAUUUCCUGCUGAGUUGCUGGAGUGGCGAAAGCAUUUGGAUUUUUUGCAUCCCGACCAACGUGGCGUAGGAGUUUGCAAGCUACUGUUUCGGACCAAGUCUACAGCGUCCCGAAGCUUUCAUGGCAGCUUGACCUUGAAGAGACGCGGAGCAUCGCAAAUGUGUUGCAGGUUGAGUGGCAAAGCGGAUAUAAUUUAGACGAAAGAGGAUAUAAGCGGUAACGUAAGACACGAUGAAGCAUAAAAACCUGAUGGCAAAGGCCUUGUACGACAACGUUCCAGAGUCUCCUGAGGAGCUGGCAUUCCGUAAAGGAGACAUCCUAACAGUGAUCGAGCAGAACACUGGAGGCUUGGAAGGAUGGUGGUUAUGUUCCCUGCAUGGACGACAAGGCAUUGCUCCUGGAAAUCGACUGAAGCUCUUGAUUGGACCUAUGUUUGAGAACCAAGCUGCCUCACAGUCUACCCACUUCCAGGUGCCAGCCACUCAGGCGUUCCUGCAGCCAAGCUACACUGUUGCUGUUACUCAAAGUGGUGCUUUCAGAGAUCCUGUCUAUCAAAUACCUCCAGCCCUCCAGAUCCAGCAAAGCAUCUACCAGGUGCCCCCAGGACUCUCUUCCCAUGGCAAAGACGUAUAUCAAGUUCCCCCUUCCAGCCACAGAAGCCAGUGGGGGGCUGAUGCCAGUCCUGCCAAGGUGGUGACCCCAACUCGAGUUGGGCAGACAUACGUGUAUGAGCCCCGAUUCCAGAAGGAUGUGUAUGAUGUUCCAGCUGCCCGUACACAAGGGGUCUAUGACCUCCUUCCAGCAUCGCAGAAGGGGCCAAUGUUUCAUAGCCCACUGGUGGACUCUGCAGCCCAUGGAGUCUAUGACAUUCCUCCAACAACACAAGGGGUUUAUUCCAUCCCACCAUCUGCUCUUCAGAAGGAAGGCAACUAUGAUUUCCCUGCACCAACCACAGUGAAUAAGCCAGAAGGAGUGUAUGAUAUCCCACCUGCCAGCGUCAAGUCACAAGUGCAGUCCAGCUACGAUUUUCCACCAACCAACAGCAAGGCCAUCUAUGAUACUCCACCUUCCCAGCUCUUUGGACUGCAACUUGGGUCUCAAAAAGAUGUAUAUGAUGUUCCAAGGGGCCUGCAAACUUGUGCAAAGCAGGAAGGCGUGUAUGAUGUGCCUCCUCAGGUUUCACUCGAUUCCAAAGGAUUCCAGGAUUUGACAGAUGGGAUUAAUCGGUUGUCCUUCUCCAGCACUGGCAGCACUAAAAGUAACAUGUCCACCUCAUCCACAACAUCUAAAGAAUCCACCUCUGUAGUCAUGCUUCAGGAUAAUAAACUCUUUCUGGAUUUGGACUCUGCCAUUCAGAGAUUUUCAUGGUUGCAACAGCACGUUGAGUCCUCAGUGUUGUGUCUCAUGGAAUACGUUGUGCCCAACUGGAGAUCCUUGGAGUACAUGGAGAAGCACAUUAAUGAAAUUCAUGUGGCAGUAGACAAAGUUAAGAGAGUGCUAUAUGAGUUUCUAAACUUUAGCAAAGGGGCAGCAGCUAAUGCUUUGGACCUUGCAGACUUAACCUUGCAUGCGAAAAUGAAAAAACAGCUUCAGAGACUUGAGGACUCGAGUCAGAUCCUCGUUCAAACCAGUCAGGGCCUUGACAGCUGCAGUUGGUCCCUAAAUAUCUUGGUCAUCAACAAGACACAGAACAAAUGUGAUGACUUGGACAGGUUUUUUAUGGUGUCAAAGACAAUUCCAGAUGAUGUCAAGCAACUCUCAUCCUUAAUAAGUUCUAAUGCAGAACUUCUAUUUAAGAGAGCCAGCAACAGUUUUGAUCCAGCUAGUGACCACAGAGCUGAGGAGAACGCAUCUGUGGAGUAUAUUUAUGAUAGCCCCCAGCGACAGACUGAGACAGAUGACAAGACUGUGAUCCAGAGUAGACCUCUGCUAGGAUUUGCCAGCACUGAUCCAAAAUCGGUAGGAGACCACUCUGUCAACAGCUGGAUGGAAGAUUAUGACUAUGUGCAUUUACAGGGAAAAGAGGAGUUUGAGAGGCAACAGAAAGAACUUCUGGAAAAGGAAAACAUCAUCAAGCAAAAUAAAAUUGAAUUGGAGCAGGAGCAGCUGAACCGCUUUAAGGAGCUAGAGAAAGAAGUCAUCAAACCAGUGGAGAACGACAUCUCUACAUGGAGCGCUCUUCCAAACCUCACCCAGACGAAAAGCGGCUUGUGCAGCAAGGACAAGCAGCUGCUGUGCUUCUAUUCAGAACAGUGUGAAACUCACUUUGUUACCCUCCUCAAUGCCACAGAUGCUUUUUUCAGCUGCAUCAGCACCGGCCAGCCUCCUCGUAUAUUUGUGGCACACAGUAAGUUUGUUAUCCUGAGCGCUCACAAACUGGUGUUUAUCGGCGACGCUUUGUCACGCCAGGCCGCCACCUUGGAAAUCCGGAACAAAGUUAUCAAUCACAGCAACAUCUUGUGUGAACUCUUAAAGACAAUUGUAUCGGCUACAAAAAUGGCUGCCUUGCACUACCCCAGCACAGCAGCCGUACAGGAAAUGGUGGACCGGGUGACAGAACUGUCCCUGCAGGCCCAGCAGUUCAAGGUGCAGCUGCUCCAGAUGGCAUCAUCCUAGAAACAGACUUUAGAUUUGUUUUCCAGCGAGUGGCGGAACUGUGCAUUUAUGUAUAUAUAGUGGGUACAUAUUUUUAUGUUUGUUUUUUGUUUUUUAAAUGAAAUUUGUAGUCUAAAUGCUCUAUUGUUUUACAAAAGAACAGCAGAAAUCCAACGGAGUCAUUUAACUUUUUUUCUGGGGAUUAUUUGUAAGCAUUCCGCAAAUCCACUAUGCCUCAAGUUAAGCACCUUAUAAAGUCUUCUUAUAUUUUAUCAGUAGAUGGGUGUGUGUAUGGUGAGUGUGUGUGUGUGUGUAUAUACAGUAUAUAUAGAUAUAUAUAUUGUUUUUAUACUGGACAUAUUUUACUGGAAUAUAUUGGGUUAGAAACUUCUAUGAUGAAGGCAUUCUGUCACCAUUCCAAUUUUAGGUAUUUUAUAAGCAGACAUGGUGCAAAAUGUUACAGAAACAAACCCUCUCUAUUUAUUGUUCAUAUUUGUGUGUCAGAUGAAACUUACCCUUGGUCUCCUGUCACAGAAAUUGUUUUAGAAAAGCAUGUAAAGGGAAUCUGGGGCAUGUCAGUAAAAAUAUUUCCAAACUGG